AUGUCUACCCUGGAACGGUUAGACCUUUACGAGAAAGUCCAGGCGUUGGCUACCCACCCGGCUUUGAAACCAAACGAACGGGGCCACAUUCAAGCCCUCCUCAACGAUAUCAAGGCAGAUUACGAGAAUUCUGAUGACGAGGAUAUGGGUCGUCCAGAGGUCACUGACAUCCGAAGGUCACCUGAAACCCCUGUCGGUGAGGAGCACACCCAAACUGCUGUGCAGUCAAGUGCUCUUCCAGGUGCCCAAUCCUCGGCUCAAACCACUGGUACAGAGACUCACCCGGCCUCAGACUCCCACCCGGCAAAAGACGUCCGAACCCCUAAUCAAUCACCCACGUGUGCCCCAAGGAAGGGUGAAUUUUUCAUCCUCCCAAAUCCUAUUGGCGCACCUCGAACAACCUGCCCCACCUUCAGCCAAUUCUCGUCAGCAAAUACAACCGGUCCGGUACAGGCUGACGUCAACAUGGGUUCACACAUGGAAGAUGGGCUACAUGCGGACAAAUCACAGAAUACUCUCAACACGACGGGAGGGAGGAGUUUCCUCACGCAAACUGGGAUUGAGUUUCUAGAGUCAAUUGAGCAAAAUCAUGCGGUCCUUAACAAGAGGGUUUCUGUUCCACCCGCGUCCAUCCCUCCGACUCGCCCAGCAACUGCGGUUCCAUCAAACCCCUCCACCACUGCGCCUGUUGGAUCGGUCCCACUUCCAAAGAGAACAGUCAUCCACGAGCCACGUGCACGUCCGACCGAAUACCGCUUUCCCAUGGUACAAUUGGAAGGGAUUGAUGAUGAUGUUGCGGCCAAAAGAGCACGCUUGGAACGCCGUGGUUCACAUGAGGAUGCCGAUGGGGAGCCUGAUGACGAAGUCGACAACACAGACAACCAACAAUCGCAAGGACCAGUCAGCUCGGCUCUUGACAAUGGUCUGAGGAGGACUGAGGAAUUCCGGCGCGGGGAAAACAGACUCCCUGAGAAGGGCACUCAACCUUCGGAAUUCAUGACGGAAUCUAUGUUCAGGGACUACAUUAUUCCGCGAAGACCACAUGAGGGCACAGGAGCAAGCACAAAUGAGAAGCGCCCACGGGAUGACCAGAGCCAACGUUCUUCUGGGGCCACUCCUUCGCGGUCUGCAAGAUCACCUUCGGUGGAGCUGUUUGUCCCUGGCCAACACCUACAAGCACAAGAGGUAACCCAAUGGAACACCGAGUUGUCAACUGGAAUCCCGUGGUCAAUUCAAUCUGCGGAAAAGAGUAUGAUCAAUAUCAGUUUCAUACUCAACAACCUCCCCCAAUUGAUAUCGUCACACCCCACGUUACCUGAAGAGGCCACUAGAUCACUUUGGAUAGAUUUGGAGCACACACAUCAGCUAUGUGUUUCAGAGGAGAUUUUGAAGACAGCGGGGAGUUUGUCUCUGAUCACACGUGACAUGGUCAACAUGGACCAAGUUACUCAACCUCGGGCAGGUUCGGUGCGGGCCGGCUCACACAUACUUGCCCCCAAUCUGGCAACCUUCUUUGCCCCUCCCAAAGUCGCAUACACUCGUCUUCGUGAGGCUUUGCAGCAAGCAUGGGGAAUACGACGUUUGGCCAAUGUGAAAAACGAGUGGGUUCAGCAAGCGAAUGACGAGAAUAACGGGUUAUACACGGCUUAUUACCAUUUCUGCCAAUCGUAUGAUAACCUUGGCGCAUCACUCAACAACGGGGCAGGUGAUGGCGCAUCACGAUCGGCAAUGGAGUUGGUCCAGAACUUCUGUGGCGCUUGGCGGGGCUGGCUUUCAUCUGCACAAAGAACAACAUGA